AGUCCUUUGUUCUCUUCAAUCCGAAACAUUAAAGAUGCAAUACCUUGUUGCAUCUGGUUCCUCUUCUUAUCUUUUAGGUUAUAAUAUUAGUAGUAGAAUCCACUCCCGUAAUUAUCCUCUCCGUAAAGUGUGCACUGCAACAAGAACAGGUAGCCGUCUUAUUAAGGGUAGGUGUGAGUGUGCUCUUAAACGUGAGAGCCAAACAUGGCCUUCGCCUUCGGUGGCAGUUGCACUGUUUGGCACAGGCUUCUUCCUUGGUCCCCUUCUCGAUGGUCUUCACUCAAGGGUCAAUCUUGUUGUGUACCAAGCAGGCUCCAUUAAUAUAGGUCCACUACACACUAAUAUCUGGGUUCCUUUCUUACUGGGGACUUUUUACUGCACCGUUGGUUUGAUUCAACUCUGCAUAGACGAGAAGGUGUUGAACAAGGUUCAAGAGGGAAGCUUGCCUAAGACAAUUACCUCAUUCAUAUUUCUGGUGCUGUUUAUAGAACUGAGUGCUGAAGUUUACAAAGCUGGAGUAGCUGACAACAUUGAAGCCUACAUAUUAUUUGCUGCUGCAGAGUUCAUAUGGUUUUUUCUUGAUAGAACAUGGCAAGGCUUCACCUUAGCAUGCAUUGUUGGUCUUGCAUGUCCACUUGCCGAAAUACCAAUAAUGAAGCUCUUCAACCUUUGGUACUACCCUCAAGCCAAUAUUGAAAUCUUUGGCCAGGGACUAGUUACUUGGACACUAACUUGCUACUUUGUGUAUACGCCAUUCUUAAUCAAUUUGUCACGGUGGCUGAGAACAGUUUAUGCUACUCAAACAGAGGACUUUACCUCAAACAACAUGUGAUGCAUGUGGUUCGGUUGUCUAUUAUAUUAUUGUACUAUACUAAUACUAAUUACUUACUCCCUCAGUCUAUUAAUACAGCUCACUUUGUAUCUAAAAUUUUGUCCUUAGUAUAUAUAUAAAGAAUAAUGCUACACA